AGAUGUUUUGAGAGUAUUAUUUCUUCAACACAUUUUCUCCAUAUCCUUUACAAGCUCUUUUCUCUUCCCAGUGUCAGUAUGGCACAAAAACAGUAUUAUCACUAUGACCCAUCCGUCCCGGCCGCGGCCAUUUUUACACUCCUGUUUGUUGUCACCACUCUUUUUCAUGUCUAUCAAUCAGUUCGAACCAAGACACGAUACUUUAUACCCUUUAUCAUUGGGGGUGUAUUCGAAAUUUUUGGAUUCGCAGCCCGAACAAUUAACUCUCGUCAAACACCGGAUUGGUCAUUCCCCGUUUUUGUUGUUCAGUCAAUGGGUAUACUUCUUGCACCUGCCUUGUUCGCCGCCUCGAUCUAUAUGGAGCUUGCGCGCAUUAUAUUACUCGUCGAUGGAGAGGCGCAUUCAAUCAUUAAGAAAAAGCAUCUCACAAAGAUUUUUGUCGGAGGAGAUGUGCUCUCAUUCAUAUUCCAAGCCGUUGGCGGAUCUAUUCUUGCAAAGCAAAGCGCAAGUAGUGCCAAUCUUGGUAAAGCCAUUGUCGAGAUAGGCCUCGGUUUGCAGAUAUUAUUCUUUGGCUUUUUCCUUGUCAGUGUGGUUGCCUUCUCAGUCCGCCUACGCAAGUGUCCCACAGCCCAGUCUACCAGCAUGCCAUGGAAGAAGCACGUAUACACCGUGUUGUCUGCAGGUGGCAUUGUCUUAAUUCGUUGCAUCUAUCACGUUAUAGAAUAUAUCCAGGGCCCAACUGAGGAGCUUAUGACUAAUGAGUUCUAUCUCUAUUUUUUCGACGCCGGGCUUAUGUUGAUUGUCAUAAUGAUAUUCCAUCUCAAUCAUCCAAGCGAGGUAAAUUCGCUUCUGAAGGGCGGCAAAUUUGCAGUUUUAUUGCGUGUUUACUCUGUUGAGAACCAAUAUUGUACUGUCCGAUUCGGAGAGAUGGAGUCUGGGACUGGCCAAACCACCCUAAUUUACUGUUAUAUAAUCUCCUCUUCGAUCACCUGGCAUAAAGACCAUCAUCCUCUUUAUUCUUUGUUUCUGUUUCACUCCUAUCUCUCUAUCACCUCUGUAUGUAAGGACUUUUACCUAGUCAAGUCGGGUGAUGGGUGCUAUGAUAUAGCGACUAGCAAUGGCAUAACACUGGAUCAGUUUUACGCUUAUAACCCUGCUGUGGGCAACGACUGCAGUGGAUUGUGGCCGAACUACUACGUUUGCAUUGGGAAAUAA